CCCCUUAUGCUGUGCAGCGUUGCUCUCUGCGAACUUUGCAGCGAGGGUUCUAAAGAAAGAAACACCGAAUCUCCGCUACGGGCCAAUAGGUAGUGCUGGAUCCGCUUGCCAAGCGUGGCGGGCGCUUGUACCGGUGUUCCUUGGGCCUGCACACCCGUGAUAUUAAACUGACUAGAUCUCGGCACCCACAACUCUCCCUCUGCAUCUUUUCACUAUUAUUCAGAAAACAAGAAAAAGAGAUAGACUGCGCCUUUUCCUCAGUCCUUCUUCUUUUUUGUUUUCUUUUCCUUUGUCUCCAUUUCCUAAAGUCGAGUCCUGCUAUUGUUCUGUUUCUCCCGUUCUUGAUACCACACACACACAUAAACAUCGGCUGGUUCCGUUCAAAAUGCGCUUCUCUACUACAACAACUACUCUUUUGGCCGCCUCGGUGGCAUCAGCCGCGCCCGUAUGGCCCUCAAUUAGCCUCGGAAACGUGCGCAACCCGUUCGCCGCGCUCGACAACCUCUCUGGCUACUUCAACGCCGUGGCGACCAAGGUUGCCCAGGCCAAGGUCAUCUCGGUGGCUCCCCAGUGCGAUCCUACCAAGGCUCGCAUGCCCACCAUUGAUGGUCUUCCAGGCUCUUCGCCUGGCCUGCACGUGCGCCACGUUGCAGUUGGCCGCGGCACGCAAAACUACACCUGCGCUGGCUCCAAGCCCGAGGAUGCCCCCAAGGCUGUCGGUGCCGUUGCCACGCUGUUUGACGUGACCUGCAUGGCUUCAUUGUACCCUGAUGUGACGAACCGCGUGCCUGGCAUGGCGGUGCACUUUAACAUGGACGACUCGGACCGUCUUGGGCCCAGCACCCUUCCCAUCUCGGGCCACCAUUUCUUCACAGGCUCUGGUGUGCCAUUUUUCAACCUUGACACAGCCACUGGCGAUAUUGGCCUUGCCCCCUGUGCAAAGAACGCUUCUGUUGCGGCGCCUGCGGACGCACCCGUUGGCCAGAACGGUGAAGCCGCCGUUGCUUGGCUCAAGCUGACGACCAUUGAUGGCGCUACUGGAAACUUGAAGGACGUUUUCCGCGUCGAGACUGCUGGUGGCAGUCCUCCCAAGACAUGCCAGGGUCAACCUGAUCACAUUGAGGUUGAGUACUCUGCGCAGUACUGGUUCUGGGCGAGCUAAAUUUAGCCGGCGGAGGUUGUGUGUGGCUGUAAAACGUUUUAAUUAAAUUUCAUCUUCAUCCUUUGAUCCAUUUCUUCUUUUUAAAUUGCUGUAUUUAUACGGACAUCUUUUCAUUUCAUAGGUGGCUUCGCCGUAGCUGUGAAAAAAAAUUCGAAUGAGCAAGUGUAUAAGAAAAUCUGUUUAGUAUCAAUGAAGACCACAGUAAUUCGGAUAGACAUUCACUUGACGUUCACUGGAGACGCAUAUAUGUUUUUGUUCAAGGUGUUCAUAU